UUACUAACUAGCAAUUGGUUAUCUCCAAGAUUUGGUUUUACAAAUACAACCGCACACAUGGGUUCAGAAAAGUUCCCAAAUUGAUUUGUCCAAGAUAAAGUUCCAUAAUUUGGAAUCAAGUAAGUACAAGAAAAGGGGGUCGAAGAUAAAAUAAAGGAUGCGAGUUGUGGUGCUGAUUCUAAAGGGAUGAAUAACAGCUAAGAGCCAAGCAAUUUCACUGUGGGAAGUGCGAACAUUCUGAUCUAACAUUGGCUUUUUGCGAUAACACACUGUUGCUUUAGUGGCUGGCAAAGAUUACCGACCACUCAUCUUUUUUCUUCUUGUCUCUAUUCUGUUCUUUGUUUUCCCCCUAUUUUGUGCCAUUUCUUUUCCUUUUUUCUUCAUUUUUGGUCUCAGCUUUUGUAUAAAGAUAAGACAGUUAAGUGGAGGGUGGGGUUCCCGUUGUUUGUGUUUUGUCGCUUAACUUCUUUUUCCCCUUUUCCAAUCGUUAAAAGAUUGCACACCAACUGUUUGUGUUUAUGCCUCUGAGACCCUUCAACUGUUUGAUUUCAUCUUUGCUGCUGUUGGUUCUCUUAUUGGGUCUGUUUGUUUUGGUUAUAUAUUCAACUUCUCUCUCAACUGGGGUUUGAACUUUGAAGAUAACUAAGGUUAUGUUGGGUGUGUGCUGUAAAUUCCCAUUGGUAAGAGAAAGAUUUUAUGGAGGAAUGUGGAUUUGAUUGUUGAAGUUUGAGGAGAGAGAAAGAGAUAAAGAAAUAUAUAAGGCAGAGAGUGGUGGAUGUCAGUGGUGGUGGUGGUGGUGUAUUAAAAAGUCUGAAAGUGUGUUUCAUUUGUACCAGUGUCUCCUUGCUUACCCCAUUUUUAGGCUUAUGAUAGCAAUUCCAAGGUGAACUAAGUAAGUUCCAGCUGUUCAAGAUGAAGUUCAUGAAACUUGGAUCAAAACCGGAUUUGUUUCAGUCCAAUGGCGAAAAUACUCGAUAUGUUGCAACUGAUCUGGCUGCUGAUAUGAUUGUAAGCGUUGGAGACGUUAAAUUUUACGUCCACAAGUUUCCGUUGCUGUCCAAGAGCGCCCGUUUGCAGAAACUGGUUGCCGUUUCAGAAAAUGGAAACAAUGAAGAAAUCGAAAUCAACGAUAUCCCCGGUGGGCCCACUGCAUUUGAAAUCUGUGCUAAGUUUUGCUACGGCAUGACUGUCACACUCAACGCAUACAACGUGGUCAUGGCUCGAUGUGCAGCCGAGUAUCUAGAAAUGUACGAAACUGUCGACAAAGGAAAUCUUGUUUACAAAAUCGAAGUGUUUCUGAAUUCAAGCGUUUUCAGAACAUGGAAAGAUUCGAUUAUUGUUUUCCAAUCAACAAAGGGUCUUGUUCCAUGGUCUGACGAACUAAAAGUGGUCAGCCAUUGUUUAGAGUCGAUAGCUUCAAAAGUUUCGGUUGAUACGUCUAAAGUCGAAUGGUCGUAUACUUAUAAUAGAAAAAAACAACAAGUUAUGGUUCCAAAAGAUUGGUGGGUGGAAGAUUUAUGUGAUCUUUCAAGUGAUUUGUAUAAACGAGUUAUGAUCGCGAUUAAGGCGAAGGGGAAAACGAGUUCAGAUGUUGUCGGUGAAUGUUUAAGAUUUUACGUGCAAAAAAGAUUACCUUGGUUUGGGAAAAGAAACCGUAAAAACGACGGGGAUGGUGUAAAAGCCCGUUCGUUGAUUGAAAUGAUAACCGAACUUUUACCGGAUGAAAAUGAAAGUGUUUCUUGCGGGUUUUUGGUUCAUUUAUUGCACGCAUGUGUGCGUUUAGAGUGUGGAGGAACACGCAAGAAGGAAUUGAUGAGAAGGAUUGGGAAUCAGCUGCAGAAUGCAACGAUUUCCGAUAUUGUGAUUCUAGAUGUUGAUUUGGUUCAAGAACUGGUUGCUAUAUUUAUGAUGCGGGAUCAAAACAAUGAAAUUGAGUUAUCGGAAGUCAGACAUGUUGACUCAGAUGCGAAAGUCAGCGUUGCCAAGAUUAUCGAUGGUUACCUUGCUGAAAUCGCAAAGGAGCCGAAUACCUCGUUGCUAAAGUUUGCCGAUCUUGGGGAUAUGGUGUCAAGUUUACCAAGAUCGACGCAUGAUGGGAUUUAUCGUGCAAUCGACAUGUAUCUUAAGGAACACCCUGGGAUAGGAAAGAGCGAAAAGAAACGAAUAUGCAGGCUAAUGGAUUGCAGAAAAUUGUCACCGGAUGCUUGCAAGCACGCGGUUCAAAACGAGCGGCUCCCUUUACGGGUGGUGGUGCAAGUCCUCUUUUUUGAGCAGUUAAGAGUCACAUCAAGCGGUGGGAUGGCGGCGGAAGCCGCCAUGGGUCUGGCGCCAGGUGGAAGCUCGAGAACUAAUACGGAAGAAGAAUGGGGAUCGGUUCCUACAAGUGAGGAGCUCAAGGCACUUAAAGGAGAGGUGGAGAAAGAUGGCGAAAAGAUGAAUAAAGCGAAGGGGGCGGUGAUAUCGAAACGAAUAUUUAUGAAGGUGUUUUCUAGCAAGGACAAGGAUAGUGAUAACGGGAGUUCGGAUACAUCGGAGAGUCGUUCGACAAAUGCUGAGGAGACAAAGUCGGGCACGCCGACAUCGAGGAGCCAGAGGCAUUCUUUGUCGUAGAUGUCUUGUGUAAAUUGGUUGUCUUUUAGGAUGUUUUGUAAGGGAGAAAGGGAGUUUUGAGGGGUUCGUAUGUUUGGAGAAGUACCAGUCAACAACUGAUUUUUUUUACUAUAAAGUGGUCCAAUUCUUAAGUUUUCAAUAAUAAUGAAAAUGUUAAAAUGGAGUGCAAGUGAUUAUAUAAAA